UUUAAGAUAAAGGCGAAGAAUGGCAGACACCCAUCUUGGUGAAAAACUCGUCAAUGGAGAAGAAACUAAGGGAAGAGGUCAUGAUCCUGAAGAUGAAUAUGCACAGGACCUCGAAGCCUCUGCUUAUGUACCUAACAUUAAUUUUGAGAUGAACCAGAAGACCUUAACUUCAAGGGAAAUCAACCCAAAAGAUCUUAGAGGUAAGAUCGAAGAAUAUCUUGAAGAUGACAGCAUUACUCGGGAUCAGGUGAAGUUACUACUCAAACAAGGAGCUGAGGACAAUUACCUGUUCAUGAUCAAAGAAGAGACUUAUGAUAAACUAGUUGACGCCCUGGGAAUGAAGCUCGAUCACGCCGACGACAACAACGUCGGAAACAUCACAGGCCUCUUGGCAACAGCAAGAUUAGAGUAUGCUGAUGGAAUGUCUAAAUCUCCAAACAUUAGAAACUUAGACUCUACAGCAAGUAGAUUUGCUCAAUUGAUGAAAAGCAGACUGGCAUUGAAAGAUAAAAGUAUUUAUGGAGGAAAGCAAAACGCUGCAGGUAUUGCUAAAGAUCUUACGUUCACCCAAAAGACAAAGGUAGCUAUUAACACUCCAGAAGAAGUGGAAGAAGAAGAGCCUCUCAAGCCUGCUGAACCAAUGCCACCUGUUGGUAGUGCUCAUGCAGCUCAAGAGACUAGCCCUUACUUAAUGGAAAGAGUUCCUCGAAUGACUAACCAAGGACUUAAGAAUAACUUAAUCAUUGCUGGAUUCAUUGCCAUCUCGAUGAUAUGCUUUGUUAUUUGGGCUGUCGUUACAUAUGUAACGAGAAGAGAGGUCGUAAGACAAAUUAUUGGAUUUCCAUUGCUUAUCUCAAGAGGAGGAGCUCUUGCAAUUAUGGUAACUUCUAUAUUCUUGCUCCUGCUUGUAUCUUAUGAUUUCUUGACAUGAAUCAGGCCAUAUUGUGCACAGAAUUGUCUAUCUUUGCUCGAUUUUCAUAUUCUUUUCCAUAAAAUUUGUGGAUACAUCAUUCUGUUCUAUUCAACCGUUCACACUAUUAGUCAUUUGUCUUUUUCAGUACCUGCUUUUUCAAAUGAAGCUAACAAAGAUUUGAUGAAUGAAUAUGUUGAUAACUGGCAUUUUACUGAAACCCCAUCCUAUAUUCAAUUGGCAACUACAACAAUUCCUGGAGUUACAGGAGUUAUUCUGGAACUUACUAUUAUUGCUAUGUAUGUGACGUCUCUUGAGUGCGUGAAGAGAAAAUCUUUCCAAUGCUUCUCAUACACUCAUAUGGCCUUGUUCCCAGUUUUCAUGUUUGGUAUGAUUACUCACGGAGGAGCUAGAUGGAUUAACUGGAACUUCCCAACUGCCAUCGUUCCAUUGACUAUUCCACUGACGAUAUAUUUCUUCAUGAUCUUCAGAAGAUUACUAAUGAUGUGCAGGAAGCCUUUCUACGUGGCAGAUAUUUCGGUUGUUAGCACAAAGAACUUCAUCCAUCUCAGUUUGGUCGUACCUUCAGGAUAUACAUGGAAAUCAGGACAAUACGCUUUCUUAAACAUUCCUCAAAUAGCACCUAUUCAAUGGCAUCCAUUCUCUAUUGCUUCUUCUCCAAACGGAAACUAUCUGAGUUUCUUGAUUAAAAGAGCCGGAGAUUGGUCAGGAAAGCUCAUUGACAUGUUCUACGAUAUCAAAAUGGAAAGCUUCAAGGAAACUGUAGAGACAUUGGUCGACUCUAAAUUUGACAAAGAAUUUAGAGAGUAUUUGAUGCAGAUGCAAUGUGAAAUCACUGACGAUAUUAUUAGAAGAAACAAAGUCCUCUUCCCUAAGGUUUAUGUGAGUAGAUCUAUCUCUGCACCAGCAGAAAUGGCAGCUAGAAGGAGAAGAGUUAUUCUUAUUGGGGCCGGAUCAGGAAUUGCUCCAUUCUUAGCUUUACUUGAUGAUCAACAAGUUGCAGCUGAAGGAGGAAGAACUAAAAAUGGAGUCCUUGCAGCUAGUUACAAAGAAGAGUACAAAGAUACCGAAAAGGCUCAUCUUAUCCUUACUAGUAGAGAUGCUGAUCAGUUCGCAUGGUUAUCUCCAUAUGUUGACAGAAUCAUGAGUGCUGAUGGAUUAUCAGAUAAGGUCGAACUCCAUCUUUAUUUGACGUCCACAAAAUGCAAUACACUCCCUUCAUUCUUGUUCUGGAGAUCUUUCUUGCUUAGAGAGCAGAAAAAGAAGCAAGGACUGCUCCACUCAGCUAACCCAAUCAUCGGGUCAAAGACCCACUUGAAUGUCGGAAGACCUAACUUCGAAAAAAUCAUCGAAGAUAUCCAUAGAAGAGAACCUGGAGAUUUCUUCUGUUACGCUUGCGCUCCAACAAUCAUCGUCAAUCAAGCCAUGGCUGCAUGCAACAAAAUCAGUGAGGAAGGGAAGGACACAUACAUGCUACGUUACGAGAUCUUCUAAGCCUAUUCAUUGUAUAAGAAUUGGACAAUCCCAAUUCCAAAAAUCUUUUGUUAAUAU